GAGGAUUGAGAUGAUAGGAGAGCUAGAGAAGGUGGCUAACCUCAAUAUUCCAAAGGACUUGGCUAGCGAAGAAGCCAACAAGUAUUCGACGUGAAAUGUCCACCUCCUCAGCCUACAGCUCGUCUUCUAGAUAAACUUGUUGGAGAGUUUCUGGAAGUGACAUGUGUCAACCCAACUUUCAUCAUCAACCAUCCCGAGAUCAUGUCUCCCUUGGCGAAAUGGCAUAGAUCGAACAGUGUUCUGACUGAGAUAUUCGAGCUGUUCAUCAACAAAGAUGAACUUUGCAACGCCUACACCGAGCUGAACGAUCCUGUGGUUCAGCGUCAAAGGUUUGCUGAUCAACUCAAGGAUAGACAGUCGGGAGACGAUGAAGCGAUGGCCUUAGAUGAGACUUUCUGCAAUGCUUUAGAAUACGGAUUGGCUCCAACAGGUGGUUGGGGAUUGGGGAUAGAUAGGCUUGCCAUGCUGUUCACUGACUCACAAAACAUCAAGGAGGUUAUUCUCUUCCCGGCAAUGAGGCCACAAGACGAUCCAGCAUCCGUUAAAGCUUCUUUGCAAGCAGAGAACUAAGGAGACUAGAGCACAGCUUUCAUCUCUUUUGCCAGUCAAAUUGCUAUUAUGGAACAAGCUGUUCUCAGAUCAUUCUUAAUCGCCAUGUCUAUUCUUACAAACAAAACUUUUUAUUAUCAAAAAACCUUUGUAAGACCUUUUUGGAAAUUGGUUUAUUGUUUUUAAUCAUGA